GGGCGCAUGCGCGCUGCUGGUGUGGUGGAUGGCGGCGCCGGGGCAGCGCGCUGUGUCGGUGACCAGGGAGUAACCGCAUGGAGCUGUGAGCGGCACCGGCGCGGGAGCGGCCUGUCUGGCCCGGAGUGAAGGCCAAUGUCGGUGCAGGCGCGCUCUCCUGAUGCGGCGGUGGCCGGGCCUCGGAGCCUGGCUUCUCCCUGAGUGAGCUUCACGGAGGGCGGCUGUCCGCCUCUCGCCUUUAACGUUUGUUUUGUUUUUUUUUAAAUAUAAAACAAAACCCCUCCCCCCUCCCUCUCUCUGUCUGUCUCUGACCCUCCUGAGUUUCCAGAUCACCAUGUCCGGGAAACACUUCAAAGGACCUGAAGUUAGUUGCUGUGUGAAGUACGUUCUGUUCGGCUUUAACAUCGUGUUUUGGUUGCUGGGUGCAGCAUUUCUUGGAAUAGGCCUUUGGGCAUGGGCUGAAAAGGGUGUUCUUUCGAACAUCUCCUCUAUUACAGAUCUGGGAGGGUUUGACCCAGUAUGGUUGUUCAUUGUGGUAGGUGGAGUGAUGUUCAUUCUUGGAUUUGCUGGUUGUAUUGGUGCACUCCGUGAAAACACAUUCCUUUUGAAGUUUUUUUCAGUAUUUUUGGGUCUAAUUUUCUUCUUGGAGUUGACGACGGGAAUACUUGCAUUUGUCUUCAAGGACUGGAUCAAGGACCAGCUCAACUUAUUUAUCAACAAAAAUGUUCAAGCUUAUAGAGAUGACAUAGAUCUUCAAAACCUUAUUGAUUUUGCACAGGAAUAUUGGUUGUGCUGUGGUGCUCGAGGACCCAUUGACUGGGACUUAAAUAUCUACUUUAAUUGUACAGAUUUCAACCCAAGCAGAGAGCGAUGUGGUGUUCCAUUUUCCUGCUGUAUUAAAGACCCUGCGGAAGAUGUCAUCAACACUCAGUGCGGAUAUGAUGUUCGGUUGAAAAUGGAAAUAGAUCAACAAGAUUAUAUUUAUACCAAAGGAUGUGUUGGGCAGUUUGAGAAAUGGUUGCAGGAAAAUUUGAUAGUAGUUGCUGGAAUCUUCAUUGCGAUUGCUUUACUACAGAUAUUUGGAAUUUGCCUGGCACAGAAUCUGGUUACUGACAUUAAAGCUGUCAAAGCCAACUGGUGAAAUUUUACAAAAAAAUUUUAAAACCAAGUAGCAAACUGAAGAGCUGUGGAAAGCACAUUUGUAGAAGCACAGUGGAUGAAAAUCACUGACAUAGCUCUGUUUCAUCUCUGACGCUGAGACCUGUGGAAGUAAACCAUGAGGCCGCUGUACAACAUUAGACUUUUUUAAUGGCAGCAACGAAAACCUUAAAUUUUGUUAAUAAUGGUUUCAAAGGGAUCAAUAGCAAUUUGUAGUUAAUGGAUAUUUUGAAAUGUUACUUGUCUGUAUGUAUAGACCACCACAAAUGUAUUACGUUUGUUACUGUUAAAGAUAAUGUGGUUUUAGAUGUUUUCUAUGAGGUAGGGUGGGGAACUAAAGGGGGAUACAACUGCUGACUCAGUUGUAGGUAACACAAUAUUUCUGGGCUAUUAAAUAGUCCAGUCCUGUCUAUCUAAUGUGAACAUUUUGUGAAAUAUGUCCAUUUUAAAAAUGCAGUGGCAGAAAAAUUAGCCUAUGCAGACUUCGAGAUUUAGAUUCAUCAUGCCGUGCAGCUAGACAGUACUUAUGAUGUUUUUCAGACAAUGAUUUCAAAUGAAUAUUGUUUUAACCUUUUUUAAAAAUUGUAUCUCUUUGUUACAUUAUGUUGUCCAUGCUGUUCAGCAAUGAUUUCAGUUAUUACCUUUUUUUAAAACCUAGUGAUCACUGACAGGAUUCAUGUGUUAGAAAGGAGGAUUGCAAGAAAGUUAACAGUGUCAGGUGCUUGUUAAAAUAGAUUUAUAGAUAAAUACGCAAGUGUUACUUAUUUGUUUCUUUUAAAAUUACCACAUUGCUUGCACUAAAAUGUCCUUUUAAACUGGUGGUGCAAACUUGACUACUCAGGAAAUUUACUUUAAAUUAUUCUACAUAGUAUUAAAUGCUACAAUGUUGAAUUCAGUCUCCCAAGACUGCAAAGUGAGAACAAUACAAACACUUGUAUCUCAGCUGCUACUUUUAACCAAUCACCUUCUAGGAUUUGCAUGAAUAUUUUAUGUUUCUGUCACUACAAGCUUCAAUUUUAAUACAGAAGUCUGAAAUUUCCAUGAAUGGUGUAACUAGUAGGUUACAUCAAACUUUACACUUUUUUAUGACAAUGUUGCUGAAAAGUAUUUGGUAAUUUCUUCAGAAUCAUACUAGCGUUCACUGGAAAAUAGAAAUAAUGGUAAACAAAGUCAACGUGAACAUUAGGUUCAGAGGGAAGUAUGUAUCUUUGGCGAUUUUCCUUUUUAUCUUUCUUUAUGCAUGGUAAUUAAAGUUUGUAGCCAACAAACCAUUGUUAAUGCACAUUAGACACAUGUUUAAGAUGACUUUGUGUUCUGCUGUACUUAAAAAAAUUAUUAAAAACUACAUUUUACAGCCUGA